CGAGAAGCGUCUUUCUCAAACCUCUAAAGUGGUUAAUGCUUAGAAACCAAAGAGGACACUUCAGAAUAUUUCACGGAUCAGCGAUCACAGUGGAAGGUUCUAGCGGGAGCUCUGUAAGGGCAGGCGCUCCAGCCAUCUGUUCACUGAUGAUCCCAACCACCUGAAGCGUGUUUGGGAGAGUCGGCGCUUGGCAGCUAUUGGUUGAGUCGCGAGAGUGAACGCCGUGCCCGCUGGAACAUCAGCCACAGCUCAGACUGGCCACUGACGGGAAAUGCUGCCCUGUGUGUGUGCUGGACAGUAAGGAACUUAAAAAGUUAUGAUCUCGGCACAUUCGAGAAGAACAUAGAAAUAAACCCGAAACAGCUGAAGGAAGGAAAAGGAGGAGCCGUCUUCCUCCUCUGGUCGGAAGCCAGCCUGGCCCGCGGAGGAGACAGGUGGUUGCAGGUUCUGUCCUGGAGGAGGCGGGUCGCCCGGUGCCGGUGCCGGAGGGAGCAGAGGGGUGACCGGCACCAGGCACCACGCCCGAGACUGGGUGGAGCGCUGUCUGCUGGUUUGCACGGGUGGGGAGCGCCGUGUGGAGCCCUAGGAUGCAAGACUGCAGCAGCGGAGCGUGUCCAGUGCGGCCACCUCAGGAGGUACAGGCGGCCACUGCCGCCUCGUGAGGGAUGCCUUUGGCCUGCCGGCAAUGUGCUCGACCCUGCAGAGGUUCUCGACCCUGGCCGGUCGCGGGCGGGAGGCGGGGAGGGGCGCCGUGGCCCCAGCCCUGGCCUGGCCGGGCCGCUCCAUCCACCUCCCUGCCCGUGGUGCCGGCUCCCGGUGAGGGUCGUGACCCUCGUGUGGAGUGCCGGGGAGUAAGCACAGCAGAGAGAGAGGGCGAGCUCAGCAGAGACCCAUGUGCUUGGCUGUAAGGCGGGAAGGAGACAGACUGCUCUUGGCCAAGAAGCAGUGGAGAGGCUGUGAUGUCCCAAUUGUUCGGGCAUUGUUGCCAGGCCUGGUUACAGACGUCAGCAAGGGGAUGUGAACACUCGUGCGGGAGACUGGAGGCCAGAGGGACAGAAUGGAUGUUCUGGAGACUUUAUUUUGAUCUUAUUCCAAGAAAUACCCAAUAACAGCGCAGACCGGACACAGCUCAUGUUCCCCAGCCUCUGCCUGUCAGUGAAGGUUCACACCAAGGACUGUUCCUUGGCGAUUUUCACUUCGACUGCAGUCAGGAAGUUGAUCCCUAAUUUCUGGGAACUUGCAAAACAUCCUCAGGCUUCCUGGGGGCUCCAUGAAAGAUCGCGGGUCCUCGUGCCUGACCGAGGCGGGAAUGCAGGCGGGGCGAAGGGGGCCUCUCCAGACGGAAACACCCGACACCUGCAACCUAAAGUCUAACCAACCAGAUAUAUGCUUGAAGGAGGUGACGUCGAUGGCCGACAGUCUGUAUAAUAUCCGGCUUCUGAGAGAAUUCUCCAAUGAGUACCUUAACAAGUGCUUUUAUCUCACCCUGGAAGACAUGCUGUAUGCUCCCCUAGUGCUGAAGCCAAACGUUAUGGUUUUUAUUGCCGAGCUCUUCUGGUGGUUUGAGAACGUCAAACCAGAUUUCGUUCAGCCCAGGGAUGUUCAGGAGCUGAAAGAUGCUAAAUCAGUGUCGCACCCCAAGAGCAGUCGGCCUCCUGUCCCCAUCUCCAACGCCACCAAGCGCAGCUUCCUGGGCAGCCCCGCGGCGGCGAGCCCGGCCGAUCAGCAGCCCCCCGCCCAGCUGCACCACCUGCACCUCGAGGAGCCUGAGCCCCCGGGGAAAGGAGCCUCUGCCUUUAGUCCAUCACAUCCUUUGUUGCCACUGAGGCAGAAGCAGCAAAAGACAGUGCAGGGAGAGGACCCUCCCGACCAGCGACACCGAUCUAAUUCCUUAACCCGAGUCGAUGGUCAGCCCCGGGGAGCAGCAGUAGCGUGGACGGAAAAGAAAAACAGGCCCAUGUCUCAGCCUGCGCCCUUUGCUCUGCAUCACGCUGCGAGCUGCGAUGUGGACCCCGGCUCUGGUGACAGCGUCAGCCUGGCCCGCUCCAUCAGCAAAGAUAGCUUGGCGUCCAACGUCAUUCAUCUGACCCCGCAGAACCAGCCCCAGCCCGCGGCCCUCAGGACCAGCGGAAAAAGCCUCCUGAACAACGUUGACAUCGAGGACGAGGACGAGGAGCUGGUGGCCAUUGUUAGGACGGACGUGGCUCACCAGGGUGGUGACCCGGGCCUGAUGGCAACUGCCAGGUCUCCCCAGAGGCUGGUGGAUGCCUCAGAAAGUAAGUCUGACAGUUUCUUCCUGGAGCCGUUGAUGCCGGCUCUGCUCAGGCCAGCCAAGGAGAAGCAGGCGGUCACCAAGGAGGACGAGUGUGGAGAGGGGCGGCCCCGGGGCUUCGCAGCCAGGAGGCCUGGCGAGGGCCACCAGCCUCCGGGCCGGAAGAAGGUGCCUGGCAGUCACGUCAGUCGGGACUUGAAUAGGACUUUCACCCCCAUCUCCUGUUCAGAGCUUCCUGCGGGCUUCGACCCUACACCCACUGAGGCAGGGCCGCUGGCAGUGGGGGACGCCCGUGGCGGGCCUCUGGCUGGCAGUGGUUUCGAUCUGUCAUCUCAGGGACAGUCGGCUGACGGCUUCUUCCUCCACGUGGGCAGAGCCGAUGAGGACGUGGAGGGCAGGCUCUACAUGAGCUGCGUGCGGAGCCCCGGUGCCCUCGGCCCUGAGGCCUGGGCCGUCCUGAGGCAGGACUCCGACUCGGACGUUGCGGACCUGGAGGAAGCCGAGCAGGACUUCGCGGGCGAGGGCCACCCUGCGGCGGGGGCUGGGUACGGCGGGGAGGAGGAGUCGGCGAAGCUGCAGGAGGACCUGAAGGUGAAGGAGCACGAGGACAAGGACGAUGCCAGUGGCCGCUCCAGCCCGUGUCUGAGCACCGUCUCCCAGAUCAGCAGCGUGUCCGUGGCCAGCGGCAGCGUGAAGAUGACCAGCUUCGCCGAGAGGAAGCUCCAGAGGCUCAACAGCUGUGAGACCAAGUCAAGCACCAGCAGCUCCCAGAAGACCACACCCGACGCCUCGGAGAGCUGCCCGGCCCCGCUGACCACGUGGAAGCAGAGGAGGGAGCAGAGCCCAAACCGGCAGGGAGGGGACCACGCCAGCCUCCUGGCCUCUGAGCUGGCGCAGUUGCACAUGCAGUUGGAGGAGAAGCGUAGGGCCAUCGAGGCGCAGAAGAAGAAGAUGGAGGCGCUGUCGGCGCGGCAGCGCCUGAAGCUGGGGAAGGCGGCCUUCCUGCACGUGGUCAAGAAGGGCCGGGCCGACACUGCCCCUCAGCCGCUGAAAGCGGGGCCUGUGGUGGGAGAGCACCCUCAGCACAACGGGGAUGACUUCGACGGCCUAUCCAGAGCGGGAGACUUCCGCGGCAAGGAGGAGGGGAGGGGAGAGCUCCUGGGGUCUCCAGACGUGGACGGAGAGGGCCUGGCUCUCGUGCAGCAGCAUACACCGAAGGACCCCGCCACGCUCCCCGAGCUGGAGAGGAGCAAGGCGCUGUCGGCAGUGCUCCUGGAGGCCGGCGAGGGCAUGGACGUGGGCGAGGGCGACCUGUCCAUCGAGAAGCUGAACGAGACCAUCAGCACGCUGCAGCAGGCCAUCCUCAGGAUCUCCCAGCAGCAGGAGCAGCUGCUGCUGAAGUCGCCCACGGUGCCCACGCCGGGCCCCCGGGGUGGCUCCCAGGACCCCAAGGUCAAGGCAGCCAUCCAUUUUGUUGAGCCGCUCUCUCCUCCUGCGUUGACCGGCCACCGCAAGCCCCCGCGUCUUGGCCAGGGUCGGAAUUCCCGUUCAGGAAGACCGGCUGAGCUGAAGGUGCCCAAAGAGCGGCAGCAGGGCUCCUCCCGGAGCAAGACCCCCACGCCUGGUGUCGAGACCACCUCGCACUCACGGUCCUUCCCACCCCGGACGCCCUCUGACCUGGGCUGGGACGGGGUUGCUGACCCUGGGGGCGAUGCCCGCGAGAACUGCUCCUUGGACGGAUACAGGCUCUACGACGAGAGCAACCAGCGGACGUUUGUGCUGCCCUCCUCCAAGGACGCGGACGCCCUCCUGGAGCAGACGGGCUUCAAGGAGGCCCUGGAGGGUGGUGUGAAGGAGGCGGGGCUGGGCACCCUCACCGCGCCCGGGAAGGAGAACGUGCCCCUGGACGAGCCCCCGAGGAGCAAGGCCAGCCUCAUCGAGGUGGACCUCUCUGACUUGAAGGCCCCCAACGAGGGCGAGGAGACGGAAGGCCGCGAUAGCGCGGCGGACCUGGGUGGCGAGGGCGACCAGAAGCCGGGGGUGGGCUUCUUCUUCAAGGUAAAGCGCGGGCGACACCCGUGCCACGUGGUGGGCACGUGGGAGGGCGUCAGGGAGACCCUGACCUCUUGGGUGGGGGCGGGAGAGGCGCCCGCGGCUUCGUGGCCACGCGGUCUCAGUGAGGACCCUGCGGGAGGGAGCAUCUGCGGGCGGGAGCACCUGCGGGCGGGAGCCUGGCCGCGCCAGCCGAGCGGGACUUCGGGCCCGACACGGGAGGCUGCGUCGCUCUCGUGCACGGCCAUUCGAGAACGGACGCACCUUGUUAGCUCGCAGGCUCCGCAGGACGGGCCGUGGCCUUUGGCGCGAGGCGGGCCUCCGCCCUUGGCGCCCGCGCCGCUGCCGGCGCUGCAGGGAGCGCGUGGGUCCGCCCUGUGCUGCCGGAGCUCCUGGCUGCAUAGGGACGCGCCCGAGCCCGCGGGUCGUGGCCCAGGCCCAGGAGCGUGGAGGGCCGGGGCCCCGUGGGGUGGCGCGGCCGCGCCGCAGGUGACGUCUGCCCUGCAGGACGAGCAGAAGGCAGACGACGAGCUCGCCAAGAAGCGGGCGGCCUUCCUCCUGAAGCAGCAGCGCAAGGCUGAGGAGGCGCGCGUGCGCAGGCAGCAGCUGGAGGCGGAGGUGGAGCUCAAGAGAGACGAGGCGCGGCGGAAAGCGGAGGAGGAGCGCAUCCGCAAGGAGGAGGAGAAGGCGCGGCGGGAGCUCAUCAAGCAGGAGUACCUGCGGCGGAAGCAGCAGCAGAUCCUGGAGGAGCAGGGCCUCGGCAAGGCCCGCUCCAGGCCCAAGAAGCCGCGGCCCAAGUCCGUGCACCGGGAGGAGCCGGGCAGCGAGUUGGGGCCCAAGAGCGCCUCUCCCCCUGACAACCUGAGCCGAGCCCAGUCGGGCUCCAGCCUGUCCUUGGCCUCCGCAGCGACCACAGAGCCCGAGAGCGUGCAUUCGGGGGGCACGCCUUCCCAGCGCAGAGUCGAGUCUCUGGAAGCCUUGCCUAUCCUGAGCCGCAACCCAAGCAGGAGCACUGACAGAGACUGGGAGACGGCGUCUGCUGCGUCCUCCCUCGCCUCCGUGGCCGAGUACACAGGUCCCAAGCUGUUUAAGGAGCCCAGCAGCAAAUCAAACAAACCAAUUAUUCACAACGCCGUAUCCCAUUGUUGUCUGGCUGGGAAAGUGAACGAGCCUCACAAGAAUUCAAUAUUAGAGGAGCUGGAGAAGUGUGAUGCCAACCACUACAUCAUCCUGUUCCGGGACGCGGGCUGCCAGUUCAGGGCGCUGUACUGCUACUACCCCGACACCGAGGAGAUCUACAAGCUCACCGGCACGGGCCCAAAGAGCAUCACCAAGAAGAUGAUCGACAAACUGUACAAGUACAGCUCAGACCGGAAGCAGUUCAACCUGAUCCCGGCCAAAACCAUGUCCGUCAGCGUGGACGCGCUCACCAUUCACAACCACCUGUGGCAGCCCAAGCGGCCCUCGGUGCCAAAGAAAACGCAGACGCGUAAAUGACCCGCGCCGGCUGGGUCCGUGUUUAUUAUUUUCAUCCUUUUGGGUACGAAGUGUGCAAAACCUCAGACCUUUUUCAGAGAAGCUUCUAGACAACAAGAGAAAACCCUCCCAUAGGUCCCGGCACACAGGACGGCAGGUGCAGCUGGAGCGAGGACUCAGCCCGUGGCCAGCAGCUCGCGGCUGCCCUGGUCACCGCCACGUGGAGGCUCUGGACAAGGGACGCGUGUCCGAGAGCUCCAGGCGGCGGAUCCCUUUUACUUGAAGUUCUCCUUCAGUAUAAAUUAAAAGUGAUUUCCUUUGCUUCCUCGCCUCUCGCCUCACCCCCUUUUGCACAUGACCUGACACCCCUCUUGCUGGCCAGCUGUAAUCUUGCGAGAUUAUAGGAGCGAGACUCGACCUCGGGUCAGGGCUUUUGAAUGUCUGUAGGAAAGGAGUCCGUGUUGGGGAAAUCGUUUGCUUUUGAGAAAUUGUAUGAUAUUUAUUGAUUGUGUCUACUGCCAACGUUUAUAUCCAAUUCUAAGGUUUCUGAAAAAAAUUCUUGUUCCUUGCUGCUCAGAAGAAGUUUACUGAAAAUACCAGUUCACUAAAAGCACUGAAACCUGCAGUCUGUCUUCUGCUUUGAUAACGUUUACACGUGUGAAGGGGUCUCACUGAUGCAAUCAGGAGGAUGGUGAAUGGUACUCUUGCUGGCGUUGGCCUAGUUGAAAACGGGCAAGCUGAGCCAAGUACAGCCCUCGUUCUGUACGUUUGGGAUGGUGCGCUAAUGAUUUGUUCACUUUAAUAAAGACAGAUUUUGGUAAAGUAGAAUAUUUUUCACUCUGAGCAUGUUUCUCUUCAAAGGUGAUGCACUUAAGCUGACAGUUCCUGUAGUGUUUUUAUUACGUCCUCAUCUGUCCCGUCCUGAUCCUAGCUUCUGGAAGAGCAGCGCCCUCCUAGAAGAGCGCGUGCGGCUCUCAGUUUAGAGUGAGCCUCGUGCUGUGUCGCUCGCUAAGGACAGUUGCAGGGGUACUCGCCGCUGCCGUUCUCCCCACGCUGGUCCUGACAGUCAGGAGUGCUUCUCCGGACCAGACGUUCCCGCCGGCCUCCACGUGGUGCCGCAGCUCUGCCGACACCUGUGCAGCUGACCAGUGGACCCGACUGCCGGAAGACUCUGGAGUCACUUAUGUUAGUUUCACGCAUGUUUUCUUGGGAGUGUUACUUGAAUCUGUCUCAAACUGCAGAAAAAACUAAAGAUCAAUGAAGAGAAGACGUGAAGGCAGGUAAACUGGUCAUUUUAGAUGAACAGGUGAGUGAGCCGCGUGCCCGAGGACGGAGGGAACGUGGUGCGGAGACCCUGGGAGGAACGGCAAGGCCUCGCCCUCCGCAGGCGGGUCUGAACACGGCGGGAGCCAGCGGCACUGUCUGUAAAUAGGUGACGAAGCUGUGUGGUUUCUCCAGUGCCGGGUGUUGCAGUCCCGGGCGAGCCUCCCUGUGACCGUGCCGUUCACACGUGUGCUUUAUUUCUCACUGUAUGUUUGAUAUUCUAUUGUUAUAUUUAUUUUAAGAAAGCACUAAAAUGUAAUAAAGGAAGUAAUUUGCUUUUCGUGACCACGUCUGUGUGAGGUCA